AUGUCAACUUCCCAGAAUAUCACAUCGUCUUCCAUCAUUUUCCUGUUAACUGGUGUUCCUGGAUUGGAAGCAUUCCACACCUGGAUUUCCAUUCCCUUCUGCUUUCUCUCAACUGCCCUCUCAGGGAACAGUCUGAUUCUCUCUGUCAUUAUCACUCAGCCCAGCCUCCAUGAACCCAUGUAUUAUUUUCUCUCCAUGCUGUCCACCACUGACCUUGGGCUGUCCGUAUCCACUCUGGCCACCAUGUUGGGUAUAUUCUGGUUCAACGCCAGGGCAAUCAGCUUCAAUGCCUGCUUGUCACAGAUGUUCUUUAUUCAACUUUUUACUGUCAUGGAAUCUUCAGUUCUGCUGGCUAUGGCUUUUGAUCGUUAUGUGGCCAUCUCUAAUCCUCUUAGAUAUUCUUCUGUUUUAACUGACCUUAAAAUAGCACAGAUUGGAGUCACCAUCAUUACCAGGGGGGCACUAAUACAGAUUCCUCUGGUGGUGCUUCUUAAAAGAUUGUCCUACUGUGGCAGUCAUGUGCUCCACCUCUCCUACUGUUUCCACCCUGAUGUGAUGAAGCUUUCAUGCACAGACACCAGGAUCAACAGUGCAGUUGGGCUGACUGCCCUGAUCACCACUGCUGGAGUGGACUCAGUCUUCAUCAUCCUGUCAUAUGUUUUGAUCAUUAGGACUGUCCUCAGUAUUGCUUCUACAGAAGAGAGGAAGACAGCUUUUAGCACAUGUAUCUCCCAUAUUGGGGCUGUGGCUAUAUUCUAUAUUCCAUUGAUCAGUUUGUCAUUUGUGCACAGAUUUGGGAAGCGAGUCCCACCAUAUGUACAUACUCUGAUUGCCAGUGCCUAUCUGCUGAUCCCGCCUAUCAUGAAUCCCAUCAUCUAUAGUGUGAAGACCAAGCAGAUACGGAGAGCUGUGCUGAAAGUUUUCUGUUCCAGGACAAUAAAGAACUAG